UCAAAAUCAGAGCCCACAAAGCGUGCCUGGUUGUCCCCAACACAUCACUUCUGCUUGGUGGAUUUGUGCAUGAACAAUUCCCACCAGUUGGAUCUCCUUCCCAUUUCCAUCCACUCAUUUGGCCCAAAACCAAAACUUCACUUCCCCCUUCCUUCUUCGACCGUCUCUCUCUCCAUGGACAACUCCAUCCUCAAUAACUCUUGCACCAGAACAAUCAUUCUUGUGGCUCUACUUCUCUCCCUCAUGUCUCCCGGUACAAUCAAUUCAAUUGGGACGUGCCUAGGAUCCCAUGCGACGGGCUAUCCCGAGUUCCGGCCCGUGGCGGCGGCGGCGGAGCCCCCCGUCCUCGAGCAGCUGCUCCUCCCCGAGGACGGGGCUGGGAGGGGGCGGCGGCUUGGGCCGUUCCAGCUCUGCCUCGCGUGCAAGUGCUGCGCGGCGGCCACGCCGACGCCCGUUUGCGCCACGAUGCCGUGCUGCUUCGGCAUCGACUGCCAGCUCCCGAACAAGCCCUUCGGGGUGUGCGCCUUCGUUCCCAGGUCCUGCAACUGCACAUCCUGUACCGUUUAGCAUCACCAACGUUGGUACACGGUCUUCCUAUGUUGCUACAGAAAUCAGAACUUGAAAGGAUGCUGAUGAUUUGUUG